AUGGCUCCCAGGACAGGUGCUGAGGCCCCACUCGGAUCUGGGCUCUGUUUGGGGGUUGAAUGCCAAGCUGGCCACCCAACCUUAGUUCUGAUGCCCUUUGUCAGUGUCCUGGUGACGUGGCUUGAGGCUGCUAAACUCACCGGGGGGUUCCAGGCCCCCUGGAACAUCUCCCAUCCAUUCAAUGUGCAAAGGCUGGGUGCCGGACUCCAGACUGCCGUGGACAAGGUCAACUCUGAGCUGGCAGACUUCGGAAAUCUCAGCUGGGAGUUUACUUACGCCAAUUCAACCUGCAGCGCCAAGGAGUCUCUUGCUCUUUUCAUCAACCAGGUCCAGAAAGAAGAAAUUUCUGCCCUGUUUGGACCAGCAUGCCCAGAAGCAGCAGAGGUUAUUGGUUUGCUGGUCCCCAUGUUUGACUUGGUUGGACAAACAGCAAAACUGGAGAACAACUUCUUAUAUGACACCUAUGUGAAACUUGUGCCAUGCAUGCACAGAGUCGGUGAUGUGCUCCAGAAAAGCCUCCAGUACCUGGGCUGGAAACACAUUGGGAUGUUUGGAGGUCACUCUGGGACUUCCUCCUGGGAUGGAGUGGAUGAGUUGUGGAGGGUCGUAGGGAAUGAACUCAAAUCCCAUUUCACCAUCACCGUCAGCAUGAAAUACACCAACAACAAUCCAGCCUUCCUUCAAGAGAAUCUUAGGAGCCUGUCAUUGAUUUCCAGGGUUCUUAUCUUAAUCUGCAGCUCAGAAGAUGCAAAACUUAUCCUGCCGGCUGCAGAGAACCUGGGACUCCACACAGGAGAAUUCGUCUUUAUCAUUUUGCAGCAGCUGGAGGACAGUUUUUGGAAGGAGGUAUUGACAAAUCAGAAGGUGAUGCACUUUCCCUCAGUCUACAAGUCAGUGAUUCUCACAGCCCUCAGCUCCUCCCGAGAAGGCCCUGGAGAUGAAGGCUUCCGAGAGCAGGUCCACCGAAGGCUGCGGGGGCCGCCCUUCCACGGCCCCCUCCACAUGCUGGAGCAGGUGAGCCCUUACCCUGCCUACUUUCACGAUGCAGUCCUGCUGUAUGCUGAGACCGUGAAGGAGAUGAUAACGGCCAGAAGGGAUUUCUGGGAUGGGCGGCAGCUCGUCAUCACUCUGAAAGGCUCCAAUCGGACUGCUUUGCAGGGAAUCACCGGCCCUGUGUUUGUGGACUUCCAGGGAGAAAGGCGCAUGGAUUACCGGGUCUAUGCCCUACAGAAGUCCCCAAACGGGCCCCUCUUUCUUCCUUUUCGUCAUUAUGACAGCUUUCAGGAAGUCAUCAGCUGGGCAGGUCCCACAGCCCCAGUGUCUCAGGGAGAGGCCCUGGCCCUGGGCGAUGAUGGAGCACAGCGCCUCCUACAGGUUGGCACUGACCUUUCAUUGUCUUCUUUUUUUUUUAACACCCAUGGGGAAUUUCUCCACGGUUCCCUUCCUGAAGACAGACGUGGCUGUGGAUUUUCCAAUGAGCUCUGUGAAACUGAGCCUGCUUUUGCAGAUCAGUUAACGAUAUGCCCUCCAGGUGUGACUGCUGUGAUUUUCACCGUAACCCUCCUGAUUACCAACCUGGGAGCUGUCGUCAUAGGUCUGAUUUUAAGGAUACAGAGGGGGAAACUGCAGAGGCAAAAUAAAGAUCUUUGGUAGCAAAUCAAUUAUGAUGACAUCACCAUGCUGUCCCAGAACAAGCCAUCCCGGAGAGGCACACCUGUGUCGAGAGGGAACAACAGUAACUCAUCUAGUGUGAUGAUUUCUGGGGACUUCAGCUCCUUUGUUGAGAACCAGCAGGGCGAAGAGCUCUUUUAUGCCCCAGUAGGGCUUUACCGGGGAAACCAUGUGGCCAUCUGUGAUGUUGGUGACCAAGCGCAAGCCUGGGUCAGGAAGCCGUCUGUGCUUCAGGAAAUCCGGCUGAUGUAUGAAUUAAGGCAUGAAAACAUUGUUCCCAUCUUUGGUAUCUGCACAGAAUCACCCAACAUCUGCAUUGUCACCCAAUAUUGCAAAAGAGGAAGCCUUAAGGAUGUUUUGAGAAACUCAGGCAAUGAAAUUGAUUGGAUAUUCAAGCUCUCAUUUGCAUAUGACAGAGUCAACGGCUUGCUGUUCCUCCACAGGAGUCCACUGGGAUCCCUUGGCAACCUGAAGCCUUCCAACUGCCUGGUGGACAGACGGAUGCAGGUGAAGCUGUCAGGAUUUGGACUGUGGGAACUCAGAUAUGGCCGGACGUACAGAACAUAUAACGAGAGAACGACGGACGGCUCGGAUCAGACCCACCACCCGGAGUCCAACCCUCCUUCACAUGUGCGCGAAUUGAGACUCUACGACUCUUCCUACUUGUCCAAGUUACUGAACACUCCUGAGUCUCACCUUGCACUGUCCUGGGCCCUGAGCUCUGCUGGACGGCUCCCAGAGGUGCCCCCGUCGGGCACCCUGAAGGGAGACGUUUACAGCUUUGCCAUCCUGAUGAGGGAGAUGAUCCACCACCAGGACCACGAACAUUUUGAUGAUCAAAACCUGGCACCAGAAGAAAUCAUCAGCCGGAUCAAGGACCCCAGGGCAUCAGUGCCACUUCGACCUUCCCUGUCAGAAGAGAAGGGAAAUGAAAAGAUGGUGGUCAUGGUGAAGGCAUGUUGGGAUGAAUCUCCAGAGAAAAGGCCCACUUUCCCUUCCAUCAAGAAAAUGUUAUAGGAAGCCAGUCCCAGAGGCCACGUGAAUGUACUAGACAGUGUGGUGAGCAAGCUGAAAGUGUACAACAGUCACCUGGAGGAGGUGGUAGAAGAGAGGACCAACUAGUUGAUGGCCAAGAAGAGGAAAGUGGAUCAGCUUCUGUCCACAAUGCUGCCCAGGUUCAUCGUAGAACAGUGCAUAGCUGGAAGAGCCGUGGAACCAGAGCAUUUUGAGUCCAUGACAAUCUUUUUCUCUGACAUUGUUGGAUUCACACAACUCUGUUCUCUCAGCUCCCUGCUGCAACUUGUGCAGCUCCUUGAUGACCUGUACAGUUUAUUUGAUCACAUCAUUGAAACUUAUGAUGUGUAUAAGGUUGAAACCAUUGGAGAUGCAUACAUGGUGUCUAGCGGACUUCAUCGGAAUGGUACCCAAAACGUGGACGAGAUUGCCACGAUGUCCUUGCACUUCCUCAGUGCCACCAUCCACUUCCAGAUUGGGCACAUGCCUGAGGAAAAGCUUAAGCUCUGGAUUGGCCUCCACACAGGUCCCAUGGUGGCUGGCGUGGUAGGAAUCACCAUGCCCAGAUACUGUCUGUUUGGAGACACUGUGAACAUGGCAUCCAGAAUGGAAAGUAGCAGUUUGCCUCUCCUGAUUCAGGUCUCUCACAGCACUGCAGGCGCCCUGCUGGCGUUGGGAGGGUGUGAUUUGCAAAAGACUGCAUUCCAGUCAAGCAAAGGCAAAGGAGAACAAACAACCUUCUGGUUGAAGGGCAAAGAAGGCUUCACUAUUCCACUCCCCGAAUUUCCUGAGGAUGAAGCUAAAGUCCCAGAGAUCUUCUGA